AUGGCAAUGCCCGGCUCUUCCGCUGCACCAAAUGCCACAAACGUUGCCGAUGUUCCAACUGCUGCUGGACGUCGGCCAAUUGUCUAUGUCCCCAAAUGCCCAAAGAAAGGCACGGUGAAAUUCAGCAAUUCCGUUCCUAAGGGAACAAAGUUUCCAAAAACCCAAGUCGACCUCUGCUACACCACCGGAAGGUCCUCCGAACUCCGUCUAACCUUCACGGCAUUUGAUGAAGAGCAUUUCCAUUUCAAUCCCGAACAGGACACCAACGAUGAUAUCUGGGAGUUCUCGGUGAUGGAGGCAUUCAUCAGUUACGGCACGGAGGCACCGCAGACAUACCUCGAGUUUGAAGUCAACCCGAACAACGUCACCUACCAGUCAUUCAUAUACAAUCCCUCCCGUGUCCGCGCGGAGGGGACCCCGUUUGACCACGCGUUUAUUUCCGAUCCUAUUGGCGAUGGAAUUACAGCGAAAACAACCCUCAACCGUAACAAGAAGACCUGGGUAUCGGAUGUGAAAAUACCGCUGGCACUGUUUAAUGCACCGGAAAUACUCUGCGUCACGCGCUGGAGGAUGAAUUUCUUCCGCACCAUCACGUCCCCUGCCACUUUUCCGAAGCAGCAGCUGGGUGGUUGGAAUCCACCAGAUAAGGCGAGCUUUCACAUCACCCCAUUCUUUGGAGAUGCAGCUUUUGUUUAA